AUGGCACCUUCAGGCAAAUGCCCACCUUGUUUCAAUUGCAUGUUGCCCGUUUUCGAGUGCGGGCAGUUUGCUGAAUGCAAUAAGUACGACGGUCAAUGCAAAUGCCCUCCUGGAUGGUCGGGAAUUGACUGUCUACAACCGCAAUGUGACUCAUUGGCGGACGGGGAGCAUCGAAGGCCUAGAACUGGGGACAGUUGCGAAUGUAAAGAUGGUUGGGGUGGAAUAAAUUGCAAUGUUUGUAAAACCGACAAUGCUUGUGUCGGCUUCCCUCUGGCAGGUGGUAUCAUUACCGAAGGGGAUGAUGAGGUAGCAAACAUGACAUGCUACAAGGGCGGGGAAACUGUCUUCAACAAUCAUCAGAUGUGCGACGUCACCAACCGGAAGAUUCUUGAUAUGCUACCAGGACGGCCGCCGCAGGUUACUUUCAGUUGCGACGCUCAAGACCGCACUUGCGCCUUCCAGUUCUGGACCGCUCAAGUCGAAUCUUUUUAUUGCGCUUUGGAAGAAUGCGAAUCGAAGACGGAUAGGAGUUACGCCUCCAACACAACGAGCUAUCAAUGCGAAAAGAUCAAAUGCAAAUGUGUACCUGGGAGGUUUAUCUGUGGGGAGGACGGAAGCAUAGACAUCUCCGAUUUCUUGACUGAAGAAAUUAAAGGUCCUGCGACGUUCAGUUGCAAGUCCAAACAGGGGUGUAAAUUUGAGGAGCCAGCAAUGAAUGAUUUGAUCGAUCAAAUAUUCGGAGACGCGUAUAUCACUCUUCAAUGCGAGGGUGGUGAAUGUCUACACUAUUCGCAGGUUCCUGGCUACGUCCAACCUCCGAAACCGGACAACACUUUAUGGGUGGCAUUAAGUUCAGCUGGCGCUCUUCUUUUCGUUCUUUUGACAUUCCUAGUUUUAUGGUAUUCUGGUCGCGCCAACAAGGGCGGAGACUUUGGUCAGCUUCGCCUACCGGAACAUGAAUCUGCAAAGUUGAUGAUGGAUCACGUCCCCGCUUCCCUCUACUUUUCUGGUAUCACAUAUGACCUUGCCGGCCGUACCAUUUUGGAUAACAUCACUGGAUGUGUCAAGCCUGGGCAAAUCAUGGCCAUUAUGGGUGCCUCCGGUGCCGGAAAGUCUACGUUCCUCGACAUCCUUGCUCGCAAGCGAAAGAGAGGGGCCGUUUAUGGAACUACCCUUGUUAAUGGACGUGAAGUCAGUGAUGCCGAAUUCCGGAAUGUUAUAGGAUAUGUGGAUCAGGAGGACACCUUAAUGAGCACGUUAACCGUCUACGAAACGAUUCUUUACAGUGCCUUGUUGCGACUCCCGAGGGAGAUGAGCAUUGAAGCUAAGAAAUUCAGGACACUCGAGACUAUGAACGAGUUGGGUAUUCUGGGUAUCAAGGACAUGAGGAUCGGAAAGAGCGGUCACCGUUCAAUUUCAGGGGGAGAGAAGCGCAGAGUAUCGAUUGCCUGUGAACUGGUUACUUCGCCUUCAAUCCUCUUCCUGGAUGAACCUACCAGCGGCCUCGAUGCCUACAAUGCUUUCAACGUCGUUGAAAGUCUUGUAUCCCUUGCGCGCAACUAUAACCGAACUGUUGUCUUCACUAUACACCAACCCCGCAGCAAUAUUGUUGCUCUAUUCGACCAACUCCUCGUCUUAGCCGCCGGGAAGUUGGUGUACUCCGGUGAAUUCACCAAGUGCCAGGAAUACUUUGCUUCAAUAGGCCAGCCCUGCCCCCCUGGUUUCAAUAUCGCCGAUUUCCUUAUUGAUCUCACGAUGCAUGCGAGCAUUGACGCUCCUGCGGCCUCGGAAUCAUCAACACCUCUCGAUGUCUCACCUCCUAGCGACAAUCCUAAUGUUGCCAGCGCAGAACAAGGACUGUCUAUCGUUCCACAUAGCGUGCCCCUCUCUGUUCGCUCUCUCUUGUCAACAAACCCCGACGACGAUACCGAGCUGCGGCCGACGAGUUCAUCCUCAUCUGGGAACUACAUCAAGCGCAAGACAUCACAGAUCUUCAAGGCCGUGCUAGAGAACGGUGUUGUAAGCCUCGUCGCGAAUAAAAAUCAAAUGCAGAAUGUACCUGUUGCACCGGCGCUGAAUGUGCUUGUGGAGGCGUAUGCGGGAAGCACAAUCGCUGCUGAGAUCAAGGCGGCUGGUGAACAACUGAGGAGGGAAGUCGUCCGCGCAGACGCCAGCAGUGGAAAUGGCAAUGCAAAUGGAACCACAAGCAAUGAGCUUCCAGAUGUUAUCCUCGAGACUUCGAUGCUGAGAGGGCGGAAGAGGGCUAGUUGGACCACGCAAUUUAGGAUUUUGAGUGGCAGGGCUUUCAAGAACUUAUAUCGUGAUCCCGCGUUGCUAACUGCUCAUUACACUUCCGCUAUUGCACUGGCUAUUAUUUGUGGGCUAUUCUACCACAACGUUACGAAUGAUAUUUCAGGUUUCCAGAAUCGACUCGGCAUUUUCUUUUUCUCGCUGGCUCUUUUCGGCUUUUCUUGUUUGUCGAGUCUGGGCCUAUUCGCUAAUGAACGCAUACUCUUCAUUAGAGAAAGGGCAAAUGGAUAUUAUUCUUCUUUCACAUAUUUCUCAUCGAAGAUUCUGUUUGAUAUCUUACCAUUACGUCUCAUUCCCCCCAUGAUGUUCGGCGGAAUCGUAUAUGGCCUCGUCGGCCUCGUGCCAGCCGUGUCUAUUUUCUGGAAGUUCAUGCUUACGCUGGUGUUGUUCAACCUGACCACCGCCAGCGUUGUACUAUGGCUCUCAAUCGCAUUUGCGAAUGUAAGCGUGGCGAGUUUAGUUGGCACGCUCAUCAUGCUGUUCAAUCUGUUGUUCACGGGUCUGUUGAUCAAUCGCGAGAGCGUUUCUCCUGCAUUCCAAUGGCUGCAUACUAUUUCAUUCUUCCAUGCCGCGUUUGAGGCUCUUGCUGUGAAUGAGCUGAGAUUCCUGCAGUUGAAGGAGGUGAAGUAUGGCGUCGAGCUGGACGUUCCAGCUGCGACCAUUUUGUCUGUAUUCGGGCUUAGAUCCCAGUCAUUCUGGUGGCCCAACAUUUCGCUACUCGCCAUUUUCUUCGUUGUUUUCACGAUAUCGAGCUAUAUCACUCUACAUUAUUUCGUCAAGGAAAGACGCUAG